UAGCCAAUCAGAGAACGCCAUCCGCGAUAGAACGCCAGAAGAUUUAGACUAAAAAGGGAUAGAUAUAAAUGGAUAACGCUAUCCACCCCUGACUAAACUGGUAUGUAGAAAUGAAAACAAUCUUGUGAUGAGAUGACACCUUAACCAAGGGCAAGAUUUGUUUUGGCUAGAGUCAAAGUUUGAAGUGUCCAUUAGUUAUUUGCUAUUUAAAAUACAUAAUUUUUGCUGAGAAGGUGGCUGGCCUUUUUCGUGAUGUGUUGUGAAAUAUUCCACGAGUCACUUGGUCGAUUUUCCAGUGUAAAAAAAAAUCUUUCUCAAGUGAGUAUGGCGGAAAUCUAUGUGUCCCGUGAGCUUGGUUGAACCAAGUCAUGCGCCAAAACAUUCCCGUAUGGGGCUGGAAGUUCAAAUCCACGGUCUCGAUUGAGCGUGGGGGACUGGCUCAGAAUUUCCAAGGCCUCACGAAUUCUCCUUCUAAAGUUGUUUUCUUCUCAAGCUAUGAUAGCCGCCUUACUCUCUUCCAACUUGUGGACUGUGUCCACAAGGUGUUAAACGGCGGAACGUGUCGAUCCCCGCCAUAUUCACUUGAGAAAGACGCACAUUGACAGCGUCGAAAGCUUUUGAUCGCUAAAAUAUUGACUCUGCUUCCGUCUCUCGUUUCUUACUAUGUCUGUUACAGAGUCGGGAAACAAUAUCUUUACUCGAUGUAAAUAUUUAACAUGGCCGGAGAGAAUUGCGUACCUAUGAAACCUUUCUCAUCCAUUAUGCAUUAGGUCAUGUAGGCGUUACCGAAAGAGCCCAGAAAAGGCGACUCACUAACAAGAACUCUUCGAAAAAUUUUCAAUGACAAUGUAAAGAUCAGCAAAGAGAAGAUGCUACGCGCCAAAAAGCUGGUGAAAGAUUACGUUGAAGACGAAGUCAUUCCUUACUGCAAAAGAAACUCUCCGCUGCCUCUACUGAGACUAGAAUACACCGGCAGCAUGUACGAAGGGCUAAAGUGCGAGGCCGCCGAUGAAGCGGAUCUCAUGGUAGUUCUGGACACGACCGACUUAGAAGUGGUACUUGAAGACGUAUCAGAGGUACCAGGCUAUGCUAAGAUUAAAGAAGACAUCAACUCGACACCUCUCCGUAGAUACGUUGACCCAUGGGGAUAUAUAAUUCCUGCACAGAUUAGACUGGCUUGGUUCUACAGUCUUGUCACCAAAGCUAAGAAUGCCUUUGAGUUGAAAUUACCACUGUCACCUGUUUGCUUAAGAGUGUCCUCUCACGGACCCGCUGUCAAGCUUGAUAUCAUUCUUGAUGCCACCGGAGCGAAGAAAACUCUGUUAUCAGUUGAUCUUGUGUUAUGCUUUCAAAUUGGGUCCAGCGACUACUACGUGGCCAAGCCUUACGAAGGGAGAAGACCUGUUUCUGAUGCUGAGCUUCUCUGGAGGCCAUCAUUCUCACUCAGGGAAAAAAAGGUGCUGAAGAAAAUAGAUAAAGAAGAUGGCUGUAGACGCGAACUCCUUAGAAUCGUCAAAACCAUCCUAAAAAAAGAAACGACGUUUGCAGGACUGACGUCAUAUCACUUGAAGACCGCCUUUAUGCACUACAUGACUGACACGACCGAAAAUUGGUCUGGAGACCGUUCGCUAGAGGAACACUUUCCAGGUUUUCUCGGAAAACUGCAGAGCUAUUUGACGGAUAGACAACUACCUAACUACUGGCAGCCACGAAUGAACCUCCUGAAGGAUUUAAACCAAAAAGUACUUGAGCACAUGGCUUCUCGUUUAGCAAAGAUGAAGGUAUGUUCAAAGAUGUGCACAGGAUGUGUUUUUUCAGAAUUGGUACCUCUUAGAGGUCAAAAAAGAAAUUUCAAGCCACGCCCACAAAACAGGAUCUUAGUACCUCUCAAGGAUUCUUUUCAAAAUUUCCAACGAACACCUCCGUCCUUUUUUAUAUGGGAGUUACCCCGGGGGCUAGUUUCUUGUAGCGCACUCAAUGCCGAAAGUAGUCUCUCUUAACGGCACUUCUAGUAGACGCCUCAAACGGACAGCUGGAGUUGGUCUCCAUACUAAAGAAUCACCGCUAGGUUUUUAAAACUAGAUAGAAGUUUUUAACCACCCAUUCACUUAAAACAGACAAACGACUCAAUUUAAACAGUCAAAAGAUACUCAAGGGAUGUUUUUAGGCAAAAAAUAAACAAGUAACCUCCGCUAAAUCCCUUGAAGUUUAUGUCGAUCAAAAUACAAACUGGGAGUGUCAUAUUGAAAAUACCUUUAAGACGAUAGCUUGUGCCAUUGGUGCAAUUAAACGAAUUCGGCAUCUCACUCCAUUUAAUAAUGUUUUAAUUAAAGUUUAUAAUAGCCUUGUUCAACCACAUUUGAUUAUUGCAAUGUAGUGUGGGGUAACUGUAACAAGGGUCUUUCUGAAAAACUGCAAAGGCUUCAAAAUCGCGCAGCUCGCACUCUAAUGUCUUUGAACUAUGAUAGUAAUUUGGAUGAUUUGUUCCGGGCAUUAGGGUGGCGAAGACUCUACUAUCAUAGAUUAAAACGGAACUCUAUCCUAAUGUAUAAAACAUCAAAUGGUAUGACACCUGAUUAUCUGAGAUCAAGAUUCGUAUAUCGUGACAACGUAAAUGCUUGUCGUUUAAGGAAUACCGCACUGAAUUAGUUCUUUCACAACCUCGAAAUUGUAAAUCUUAAGAGAGGUUUUUCGUACAGCGGAGCUCAGUUGUGGAACAACUUACCUAUAGACGUCUAUAGACCUAAGACAAGCAUCUUCACUGACCGAUUUCAAAUCUAAAUUAAGUCGCCACAGUUUAAAGUAAUAUCUUUAAUUUAAGUAAAUUUUUAGACACGGCCUCCAUGAAAAGCAGUUUUUUUUUCCUUUUUUAAUUUUUAUUGUAGUUAGGCAGAUAGGUAGAUAGUCCAGUAACUUUGUUGACUGAUGGUAAAACCGUGUAUAAACAAAGUUAUCCUAUCUUAUCUUAUCUAUACUUCAGAACGGAUAAUAACUGUUACAUGCGACUACAUUUGGGCACCUUGUUCUUAGCUCUAUAUCUAGUAUUUUAUAUUUAUAUAUUUCAAUUAAUGUAUUUUAGUUUAGUAGCAUACACGACCCCACAAGCUGUGAGGCUUUAACUCUUACCGUGUCAAAAUAAAGGUUUUAUGUUAUGUUAUGUUAUGUUACAAAAUUAGUUAGAUGCAUUUAACUCUUUUCAUCUUAAACAGAGAAGGGCGACAAGCUUUCACGAAACUUGCGACAAAAUCCUGCUGAGCCAGAAUCUUCGUGAAUAUUCCGCCACGCACUCGACAACUAGACACAUAACAGAUGGCAGGGCGGUCGAGAAAGCGUUGUUUUCCUCGCACGGAUUACAGAGAUUGCAGUUCUUGAACAGCGAUGAACGUAAGUGCAUGGUUGAGCUCUUUUCCGAGCUCUUUUUGGUUGUCACAACCGUCAUUCAAAGGGAUGGCGUCCUUUAUUUGCUGAGUUCGCAUGAUGUGAACCAAGCCUUUAACCAUUACUGCUGCUUCACUCCUCCCGAUCGUUUCUGGAAUGGUGAUAUCGCACUGGGAGAACACUUCCUUGGUUUUAUGAACACACUGCGCGGCUUGCUGAUGAAGGGUCAUCUCCUGGAAGGCAUAUCUAAAGGAAGGAUUUCUCUCGCAGCGAACCGUUGUUCAAGGAUCAUUGAAAGUGAAGGCGAAAGAAACAAACUCCUUAGA